AUGGACGCGCUAUACGACUCGCAACCUUACCUUACACUAAAAGUGACGCGUCAAUCGGGUCCAAUAUCCAAAAAAGAUAUUUUAGCAGAGCCAAACAUUGGCAUCACAGCUGAUCUAAACCCCUUUAACAUAAUUACGCAACCAACAAAAAUUUAUAUGAAAGAAAUUACCGAAAGCGAAGCGUCAUUCUCAGUAAAUUCAAGCGCAAACAAUACAACUGAUAAUAUCUACUUAGGUGCAACAUUUGAUAGCUAUUUCACAAUAACCAAUGAAUCAAGCCACUAUGUUCGAGAUGUAGGUUUAAAAGUUGAAUUAAUAACUUCCUCACAACGUUUAUUACUAGCCGAUAACACUGUGAAUGGGCCAAUUCCACUAAUGGAACCUGGUAAAGUUAAUGAAUUUGUUAUAAAACAUGAAAUCAAAGAGUUAGGUGUCCAUAACAUAGUUUGUUUGUAUCAAUAUGCCACAAAUGAGGGUGAAAAAAGAUCUUUUAAAAAGUAUUAUAGAUUUCAUGUAUUAAACCCUUUUGCUGUGAAAACAAAAGUUAAUAAUAUGGGUAACGGAACCGUUUUUUUAGAAGUACAAAUACAAAAUGUUGCAGAAAGGUUUAUGUAUUUAGAAAGAAUGAAAUUUGAACCUGGCGAAGUAUUUGAUUAUCAAGAUCUGAAUUACGUUGUUAAAGACGAUAGAGAUGGUAGAGCGAAUGAGAUGGCAGAGAUUAAAGUGAAAAAGGCUGAUGAAAUUAAAGAAAAGGAUGUGUGUGAGAUGGAAGACAAAAGACAAACCGAUGAACAGAAUGUUAAUGAAGAAAUUAAUUUGGUAGAUUUACAAGACGACGCAAAUUCUGAUAAAGGAACUAAAGAAUCUAAAGAUAAUUUAGAUGGAGGUGAAUUACAAAAGCAAGAGAUAAAAGAAUCUGA